ACUCAAGUACCUUUACAGCCCCCGAAUACAGGUGUAGUAAUGUCCACAAACCCUCCCCCAAGAGCAGUUAUACAAUUGCCGCGAGGCGACAGUCCAGAGCACGCAGUGUCCGAUCCGACUGCGAGGGAUAGAUUCGCCGUAGCACGCAGCGCAACACGUCCCUUCUCGGACCGAAGUGACCACUUGCAGGCAGACACUACCGCUCCCAGCAUGCAGUGCUUCGGGGAGGGGGGGGGCACCGUUCCCAGCACCCAUUGCUUCGUGGGACGUAAACGACCUGGUGUUCGACUCCGCGCGCUCACGGCCGAGGAGUGCGCCGUCUGCGCGCCUAUGUGACGUCAAUUAAAGUACGCCCCGAGUUCCCGAAAUUUAAAAUAAGUCCCAUGCUGCACCACGAGCCGCGCGAGCUUCCCGUUGAUUGGCUGCGGAGGCGCUGGCGCGCGGUUCAAAGUUGUCGAGGGAAAGGGGCGCCCUUGGCUAGGCGCGUAGUGACGGGAAGCGGCUGGAGCAGCUUGGCGGGUGGCGACGGUGGGCCAGGGCUCCCCGCGCCGAGACAAUGGCGACGGCGGCCGUGAGCUCCCAGGGCGGCGCUAAGAAAGAGGAGAAAGGCAAGAAUAUCCAGGUGGUUCUGAGAUGCAGGCCCUUUAAUGUGUCGGAGCGCAAAGCAAACGCCCAUGCUGUUGUAGAUUGUGACCAUGCAAGAAAGGAAGUUAGCGUUCGUACUGGAGGAGUAACUGAUAAAACAGCAAGGAAGACUUACACGUUUGAUAUGGUCUUCGGAGCUCAAGCAAAACAAAUUGAGGUGUACCGGAAUGUUGUCUGUCCUAUUUUGGAUGAAGUUAUUAUGGGAUACAACUGUACCGUGUUUGCUUAUGGCCAAACUGGUACAGGAAAAACCUUCACAAUGGAAGGGGAGAGAUCACCUAAUGAAGAAUAUACAUGGGAAGAGGAUCCACUAGCUGGUAUAAUCCCCCGUACACUGCAUCAAAUAUUUGAAAAACUUUCAGACAAUGGUACGGAAUUUUCUGUGAAAGUCUCCCUGUUGGAAAUCUACAAUGAGGAGCUUUUUGAUCUUUUGAAUCCUUCUCCUGAUGUAGGGGAGAGACUGCAAAUGUUUGAUGACCCACGUAACAAGAGGGGUGUAAUUAUCAAAGGAUUGGAAGAAAUAACUGUGCACAACAAGGAUGAAGUGUAUCAGAUUUUAGAAAGAGGAGCAGCGAAAAGAACAACUGCAGCUACUUACAUGAAUGCAUACUCUAGUCGUUCACACUCUGUGUUUUCAGUCACCAUACACAUGAAAGAAACUACAAUAGAUGGAGAAGAGCUUGUUAAAAUUGGGAAACUAAACUUGGUUGAUCUUGCAGGAAGUGAAAACAUUGGUCGUUCUGGAGCAGUUGACAAAAGAGCUCGUGAAGCUGGAAAUAUCAAUCAGUCUCUGCUUACUCUGGGGAGAGUUAUUACUGCUCUUGUAGAAAGAGCCCCACAUAUUCCAUACAGGGAAUCUAAACUCACUAGAAUCCUGCAGGAUUCUCUUGGAGGACGUACAAAAACAUCUAUAAUUGCCACAGUUUCUCCUGCAUCUGUAAAUCUUGAGGAAACUUUGAGCACUCUAGAAUAUGCACAUAGAGCAAAGAAUAUCAUGAAUAAGCCUGAAGUUAACCAGAAGCUGACAAAAAGAGCUCUCAUUAAGGAAUAUACAGAGGAGAUUGAACGCCUGAAACGAGAUCUUGCUGUUGCACGAGAGAAAAAUGGAAUCUACAUUUCUGCUGAAAACUAUGAAGCUCUUAAUGGAAAAGUGACAGUUCAAGAGGAACAAAUUGCAGAGUAUAUUGAUAAAAUUAGUGCCAUGGAGGAAGAAGUGAAAAGAGUCACUGAGCUGUUCAUGGCUAAUAAAAAUGAACUUGAACAAUGCAAAACGGAUCUGCAGAUCAGGGCAAGAGAACUGGAAGACACUCGGAAAAACUUGCAAGAAACCAAGAUUCAUCUUGAGGAGGAGGAAUAUGUGGCUUCAGCUUUGGAGAACACUGAAGAAAAGCUGCAUGGCGCUGCUAGCAAGUUGCUCAGUACGGUUGAAGAAACAACAAAAGAUGUGUCUGGUCUCCAUGCAAAACUAGAUCGUAAAAAAGUAGUUGAUCAACACAAUGCAGAAGUCCAGCAGAGAUUUGCAGGACAAAUGAAUGUUCUGUUUAGCAAAAUACAAGAUUCUGUUAAUGAGAACAGUUUGAAACAGCAACAAAUGAUAGAAUCUUACACUAAUUUAGUUGAGACUGUCCAGUUUGGCCAAUGUACAUGGCAGAGGGGCAUUGCUGGCACAUAUCACGUUGGUAGAUGUGCAGGUGACCUUCUGUCUGCCAGCUCUUCAACCACUAAUAUUAUUGCAUCAGCCGUAUCUUCAUCUUUUGCCUCUGUUGUGGAAAUGCUGUCUGCUGAAACUUCUUGGGUUUCUGAAAAAAUACUAGAACAGGAGACUCUAUCAGUAAAAAAUAAAGCUGAGUUGAAGAGAUUGAUGGAAGAGCAUAAAUCUGGAAUGGAAAGAGCAUUAAGUAGUCUGGUACCUGUGGUAGAAUUUGUAUUGGGAGUAAAUGGCCAGUUUCAGAAUAACAUCAAGACCUGCUCAGCUGUGGCAGAAAAGAUGGAAGGACAUAAAGAGGAAACAAACACCUUCUUUACAAAACACUGUCUCGCUCUGAAUAAAUUACAGGAAGAUAUAACCAGUGUUCUGGCUCAACUUCAGAAUGACUGUGAGAGUUUAAAGGAAGAAGCAGAGCUCGCAAAGCUGGCACUUACAGAGGGCACGAGCCAACUCAUGGCUUCUCUUCAAAGCCAGCUGAAUUUGUUGGUUCAGGAAACCCAGCAGAAUUUAAGUGGUGUAUCUAAAAAGGGUGGAAACUUGAAGACCACUAUUGCUGUUGCCCAGGAAAAUGUCCAUCUGCAAACUACAGACUUAGUCAGUUGUACAACUUCCCACCACAACAAAUACAUUGCAUCUUUGGAUAACUUCUCACGAGAGAUCAGGAAGCUAAACAGGGAAGACAAAAAGUUGCUGAAGGAGUCCACUGAAUGCUGUGAAAAGCUUCGCAGAACUCUCACCUCAGUGUGUCAGGAGACAGAUGAAUGGGUUGAAUCUGCAAAUACUAAGAUUGACUGCCUUACUGAUCAACAGAUAUCCUCCUUCAGCAGUGAGCUGGAACAACUUCAGUGUUUACAGAGGAAUGCAAAUGAAAGCUGUAAUGCAUCGGUUGCUGAAGUCACAGACCAGAUUAACAGACAGAAAACUGCUGAAGACAGGUUACUGAAUAGCCUUCUUGACCAGAUUCAAAAUGAUAAGGAGAUGUUCCUGGAACAGAAACUGAUACUCCAUGAGGAAGCACAGUAUGGAUUGACUCAGUUUAAUGCCUUCCUGCAGGAGGAAUUUAAAGUGGAUAUCCCAACAGGGACAACUCCACAGAGAAAAGACUACUUGUAUCCAGUGAAUCUUGUGAGAACAGAACCUCGUGACCUGCUGCUUGAGCAAUUGAGACGACAGCAACUAGAACUCAUGGCUACAUUAAAUAGUGCAGCAAAAGUGGUAGAGCAUGUGGAUCAGGACUCAUUGGAGGAAGAAGAUGUGGUGCAGGAAUUUAACGAAAGUAUCUUCAGUGAUAAAUCUUCCCUGGACACAAGUGUGUGCUGUCAAAAAAAUAGUGGUAUUCCCUUUUUUCAGCACAAAAAGAGUGUAAAAAAGGAUAAAGAGAACAAAUCUACAAGCAUCUUGGAGAGGUCCAAGAUGGAGGAGACAACAGAACAAUCUCUUCCCAAGUCUAAGCUUCCUUUAAAAGCACUGAACUAAGAUAUUUAAUGCAGACCUUUGCAUUUGUAAAACUUACCUCUGAUCUUCUGUUCAGUCUGUGUGUCAGGUGCUGUAUAUAGUGAUAUAUUGUUGCAAAAUCAAAUUUUCUAGGAAGUUGUCCUGCCUUUUUGUCUGAAUUGUUUUUAUACACUGUAACUUAGUUACAUAGCAUAUGCUAUAAUUUAGUUGCAUGGCAUUUACAGACUUUUAAAACUUCAAAUUAUGGCUCUGUAUGUUAAAUAAAGACUUUUAAAAUCUAAA